AGCGUCAAUGCUUGAUCUUUCCACUUGCAACUUCUGUUUCGAGAUGUUCCGCUCUAUCAUUAAAUUGCUUUUAUCAUUUCCACCCAUGGACGUUAUGUUGUUUGUAUCCUUGCCUAUUGUACUUGCUUCGUGGACCUUCUAUGGACUUGCCGUUUUGCUCAUGUGUUUGUUACUGCUGAUUUUGUAUAUACAUGUUACAAGUUGUAUCUCAAUGGAUUGAGGUCUGAAUUGUAUUUGAAUCUGGGAUUUGUUAAAGUCGAGUAAUUCUCGUUCGUUGGUCGGAGCCAGUACUGCAACUACGACUAUUCACUAAGCAACACAUAAGUAGAGUUAUGUAAAGAGGGAAGUUCAAUAAAAAGCAACGAGCAAAGGACAGGAGAGCAGGUGUUACAAAUCAAAUCAGCAAUGACCCCGGAAAAUCUCUUCUUUCGCUCUCCAACCAAACCCGGUUUCAUUUUUAGGUGUUGUUCUCCAGCCCUCUACUUUCCUGCACGCUUCUUGAGCCCUUCGUCUUUCUUCUCGUCACUGACGGGUGCGGCUUCAGUCUUCUUCUUUUCGUCUGACUUGGGAGCAUCAACUUUCUUGGCAGACUGGACGUAAAACGUGAGUAACGAAAACGAAGGAGGGCAUGAGACGACCAUAAUUCACCUUCGUAACAGGUUUUUGCUGGC